UUUGUCCGUGUAUUGCUGGUAUGUAGAUGACUGCGCUUGUAAUAAAAACAUGAAUGCAUCAUUUCCCCCGCCGGCCGCCGGGAUGAAUAACACCGAGUGCUUUUUUUUUCUUUUUUUUUUUUUUGUCAAUUAGUAGUGGAGCGAGAAUGAGCCGGUCCUUGAACGCAGCCUCGUGAUUGGCGGAGGCGUGCGGCUCGUGGCAUUCAGCGCUCCUAUAUAAACCCGAGCAGAGUGAAGCUCUGACUGAGCAUCGCUGCCGUCUGCCUAUCAUGCCAGUCCAAAGCAGUGAGGAGUAGUGCAGCCUUGUAAAAGAGCAGCCUCACUCCGCGUUGAUUUCUUUCCUUUCGUUCUGCUUUUCUCCCCCCCCCCUCACCCCCCUCCCCGCUUUAAAAAAAAAAUUGUGAUUGAAUGAAUUCUCCUCGGAGCCUCGGCCGUCUGUUUGCGAUCACUUGUGACAUCUGCGCCGGGAAGACGAUGCCUCUGAGGACGGGACUUUUUCUCCUGAUGCUGCUCAACGCAUCUGCAUACGAGCUGGAUCACAACGAGUCCUAUCCGUCCAGGAGAGCACGCUUCUCGGCCAACAGCCCUUCAGAUGUGGCACGCUGUCUCAACAGUGCCCUCCAAGUUGGCUGCGGGGCCUUCGCCUGCCUGGAAAACUCAACGUGUGACACAGAUGGCAUGCAUGACAUCUGCAAGUCCUUCCUGUACAGUGCUGCUAAAUUUGACACUCAGGGUAAAGCAUUUGUGAAAGAGAGCCUUAAGUGCAUUGCCAACGGGAUCACCUCCAAGGUGUUCCCCACCAUCCGUCGCUGCUCCACAUUCCAAAGAAUGAUAUCCGAAGUACAAGAGGAGUGCUACAGCAAGCUGGAUAUCUGCACGGUCGCCCGGACCAAUCCCGACGCCAUCGGCGAGGUGGCCCAGCUGCCGAGUCACUUCCCCAACAGGUUCUACGGGAGGCUGCUGCAGAGCCUGAUGGACUGUGACGAGGACACGGUGGAGCGCGUCAGGGCCAGCAUGGUGUCUCGGAUGGGCCCGGAGAUGACCAUGCUCAUACAGCUCCUGCAAAACAAGCCGUGUGCGUCCACAGCUGUCGCGGCCGCCGCAGCCACCCCGACCGGAGCAGAGGCCCGCGGGAGCUGGCGCUGGUCUGUGGGCCCCCAUAUGUACAAGAUCCAGCCUAAUCUCCGAAACAGAGACGCUGCCAGUCAUUUUGGCAAGAGACGCUCAGCCAGUGACAGUUCCUAACUUCUUCUUCUUUGCACUCCAAGUCCAAAACGCUCCUCUAUUCCCUCGGGGUGAACACAUCCAUUCAUCCACUUGACUGGAAGUUACAGAAAUAUGCGCCUCCAGGGAAUGCCGGACCGCCCCUAGAGUUGAUCUGAUUGUUGCUAUAUUGUAUAUCCUACGUUUAAAGCUUGAGACACCACCACCCCCUCCCUCCAUCCAUCACUCACGACCACUCCCGCAGCCUUGUUCACGCAUCAUCUCCUCCAGAUGAGAUGAAUCCUUAAAAGGUCUUUAUGCCAAGCACAAAAAAAGAAAAAAACAGCCAUAGUGGUUCUUAGCUCUUGAGCUGGGGUUCUCAACAUUUUUGGGUCCAGGGGAGGAGGUACUGCACCUCAUCAAUAUGUUAAUGCCAAUUAACCAUAGCUCCUAUAUUGGAAUUAAAAGGUUGCUUAUUUUACAAGGAAAGACAUACUGUUACAAUAAAUUCAUACUUUUAAGAGAAGGAAAUUCAUAAUGUUCAGGGAAUCAAGUCGUAUUCUUUUCAAGACCAAAAGAGUUGUAGUCUUCACAAGAACAACGUAUAAGUGUCAUAUAAGUCAUUGUGUUAUGAGAGGAUAGUCACAAUUUCCAAGUUGGUCAUAUGUGGAUUUCAAAAUUAUUUUAAUCUUGGAAUAUGUGACUUAUUCUUAAAAGAAACAGACUACAGUAUGCCCUUCAAAACUAUUCCUUUCGUCCUCUGCAAAAAAUGACUUUUUUUUCCAUGCAGUGAUGUCACAUUUGUGAUGAUACAUCACGAUUGUAUCAGUUUUUAAUUGUAUAAUUGUCCCCAAAUUAAGGCAGGGAAGAGUAAUUAUAUUCAUUAUGUUUGUUUUAUAGUUCCCCCCAUGUACGUUUUUAGCAUACCUCAUUGGUAUGCACUUAAAAGGAAAAAAGAUUCCACAUAAUUUAUUGAAAAUUAUUAUACUGACAUCUAAACUGCAGUUCGUGCACCCCAGUUUUGGAACUGCCUCUCUUGAGCAAAAUCGGGGGCCGCGCCAGGGAUAUCACCUUAGCACCACCACUUCAAUGCCGCAUAUUGAAAAUAUUAUUUUCGAGGGCCCUUAGAAUCUUUUUUCUCCCCCUUACGGUGCCCCUAAACACAAGUAAAAGUCAUCCAUGACAAAAUAUUCUUGGUUCACCCACAGGGAGGAGGGUGGGAGUGGGGGGGUAUCAAUAGAUGUAUCCAAUAUUCAAGUGGUGAGACCAGUCAAAUUGUGAGCAUGAGAUGUGAAGGUCACCUUCACGUGUAUUUUUUCAUGAUGCUAACUCUUACAUGUACUGUAUCCUAUAGGUAAUCUGAGAGAGCCAUAGCUAGUCUUCUACGAAGAUAGCGUGGUCACUAAAACCUUUGCGAGGUUACCUUAAACUGACCAAAAAAAAAAAGAAAAAAAAAAAAAAAACAACAAAACUUCAGAACUGCCCUGAAUGCUAUUCAUGAAAUACCAAAAUAGUGUAUAGAUAUAGCACAUAUUAUGGUGUUUGUUUUCUGAUGACAAAUGUAGCCAUUAGUAGUGACGUGUUGUUUGCAAUCAUCAUAAAGCACAUUAGACCAAAUCUGUCCAUCAUGUCAUUACCACGCAUAUGACUGUUGAGCUCUCCGGCGUCAAAGGCACUACGUUUAUGUUGCUAAAGGGCGAGCUGCUUGCGUCCACGCUAAAUUACGUA